UGUUCGAACUGUGGUGUUACUGCCACCCCUCUUUGGAGACGUGCUCCAACCGGAGAAAUCAUCUGCAAUGCUUGUGGUCUUUAUCUCAAGGCCCGCAAUGCUACAAGACCAACUUGGCUUAAACGCAAUACGUUUGCCAGAAAGAAUACGCCUAAUGGUGACCGCCCUCAAAUGGUCUGCGCUAACUGCAGCACCACCACCACUCCUCUUUGGAGACGUGAUGAAGAAGGCAACACUAUUUGCAAUGCAUGUGGUUUAUAUUACAAACUUCAUAAUGUUCAACGUCCUGUCACCAUGAAGCGUUCCGUUAUCAAACGUCGCAAGCGUGUUCAUGCU